AUGAGUGAAAUUAAUGUUUUACGGCAGUCUCCACUCCCCUCUGGUUCAUCGGCAGCCUCCACUCCCCCCUCUGGUUCAUCGGCAGCCUCCACUCCCCUCUGGUUCAUCGGCAGUCUCCACUCCCCUCUGGUUCAUCGGCAGUCUCCACUCCCCUCUGGUUCAUCGGCAGUCUCCACUCCCCUCUGGUUCAUCGGCAGUCUCCACUCCCCUCUGGUUCAUAGGUUUUACACAAACACGCCUCCUUUGUUCCCUCUGCUCUCGAUUGCUCUCGAUUUUGUCAGGUUAGAUUCUCAAUUCUUUUCAAUCAUAGGUUCGAUUGUUGUUGUUAAAGUUAACAUGAAGGCAAGAUAUCCAAAGGAAGAACACGUACCUAGAGAAUUUAUAAACCUAACCAAUUCGAGUGAUUUCACGAAGGUAUAUAACAUGCUGAUGCUUAUUAAGAUGAAAAGCAAUGAGAAGACAUAUUGGGAAGCAAUCGGUUCAACUUAUAACAAGCAGUUAUGUAUUUAUGUUUGCUGUAUGAUCAAUGAGAUUUCGUCUGAAUUCCUCACCUCUGUCAUAACAGCAUUAGAUGCCAUAGGUAUAAAACCUGAUCUUUAUCCGUCAAAAACCUACUACCCAACAAAUGUUGAAGGAAACACAUAUGUAUGCCCAACUGAUAACAAAUUAAGAAUAGAACUAUUUUCGGACAACCAUGCUAGGGGUUUAAGUAAGUUGUUUGAUUGGCCUACAAUACUUGUUAUCUUUGGUUGUUGUAUCCUUGUCCUUUUCAAUAAGUUUACCACUGAGGAAAACUAUAAAACUUUCAUGACAAAUUCUAUUGCCCAACUUAGAGAGAGAGCUAGAUGUGAUCCCGAUGUUAACUUAGAUAUCCCAUUUGAUUUUAAAGAAGCUAACGCAAUCAAAACUAUGAUCGGUCCUUGUUCAAUGCUUUGCAACGACUCAAUUUGUUUUCUUUUGAAGCACAUGAACUGCCAAAACUCAGGAAUAGGUCUUGUAUGUCAGUAUUUGGGAAAUGAGUUAGCUUGGUUAGAUAUGCAUCAUUUGGUUCUCAUGAAUGACCUUUUAAUUGCACCUCAAUCUCCUGUAUUGGGCGACCCUAGAGUUUUAAGAGAGGUGGAAAGUUUAAGUCAAGCCAUUGCAAAAGUCUCUUCUCAUUCUUACCCUCAGUUCUACAUGUUUAUGGUUUCUAAUUUGGAACGGUUGGAAACAGAACCUUCCAUGUUUCCUACUUUAAUUGCAGUAGCACAGGUGCUGGAGAGAGGUGACAAUAAUGUUACAAAUCUUGAGUCAUCUUCGACUAAGGCUGCAAAUCUAUCCAUCGUGCAAUCUUUGGUAACACUUCACCAAACAACUUUUCCACCAAAUCGCUCAAGGACUUCUGGAGUGUCACUGAUAAAACAAGAGAAGAGAAGAAUCAUUUGA